AUGUCCAUGGUAGUCGAAGAAAUUGGAUUGUUGUCGACUAAUGGAGUCGCGCCGAAAUUGUCCAUCUUGAAGUUGGAGGAGGACGAGGAGCAGGCCACCUCUUGUAAUACACGGCCAUGGCAUGAUCUGCCACUAAAAUUGCUACAACAGGUCGUCUCGAGACUUUCUUUGGUGGAUCGUAUCCGAUUCCCUGCAGUCUGCAAGUCGUGGAGCAUGGUGCCCAACCCAGUUGAGCAAGUCAAUGUGUGGCCUUGGCUCCUGCACUGCUCCGGCCGAGAUGGGGCAUGUACGUUAUUCGACCCUCUGCGCGGCCAGGAGUACAAAAUGACGGUUGGAACAUUCGACAUCAACCUAGACGAACAAGACGAGCAUAUUUUCCGAUUCUCCAAAAACGGUUGGGUGGCCAUGUCGACCAAUGCAGAUAUCGAUGACAUGUACAUCAUAAACCCCUUCAACGAGGACGUUGUGGAGAUACCCAUCCUCGAGAGGAAAUACUACUACAUGGGCCUGUCAUGGUCCUCGGCGGACCCGGCGUCACCGGAGUGCGUCUUCUUCGGCAUCUACGGAGGGGAGCCCUUCCCGGUGGCAUACAACAACCCCGUCUUCUUCCACGACAAGUUCUAUUGCCUCGGGAGAAAGGGCAACCUCGGCACGUUUGACCCGGCAAGCGACACAUGGAUGAUAUUGGAGAAGCCUAACCCGAUUCAUGUGGAGAUGGACCUCGAAGGCGACCACCAUGAGGAGAGAGAGUUUUGCUACCUGGUUGAGCUGGGAGAGGACCUCGUCUCCGUGUUCAUGCGUAACGCCGACGAGCCGCCACGGGUGUUCAAGCUCAACGAGGAGGAGAUGGCCUGGACAGAGGUACACGAGAUAGGCGGCGCGGCCUUGUUUCUUGAUUUCAGGGUGUCAUACGCCGUGGUGUCCCCGGAAGCUGGACAUGGCAAUAGGAUCUACUUCCCGAGCAAAUCCAUGCCGGAGCCGCUUCCACCCGCCGCCACCAAUGAUGAAAUCCUUUGCGACGCCAUCCGCCGCUCCCACACCUUUGCGGAGAUGGGUGCGGCGGCGCUCCGCAUCAGGCUCGAGGAGUCUGAGCGACUCGCAAUACAGAAGGCGUUCGCCGUGCAGAAAGCCACCCGGCUCGUAGGUGUUCGUCAUGUUGCAUACUUUUGUAUGGAUUUGGGGACAGACUUUUGA